ACAAACAGUGCACGUCUCCGUGGAUAGACGGAGCAGUGUGCGCAAAAGUUUGGGGUUUUUAAAUAUCUAUCUGGCAAGUGCGGCUUCGUGCACCACGCUCACAUUCACCGAACCAGACAUCAGGAAAACAGAGGUCAAAACGUAAUCCCGAGUUUUAUUCUGAUGUUUAGCUUCAGGUGCUGGCACGGCGUGGACCUGUUGCUUCAACUUUUGCAGGCAACUUUUGGAUAAACUCGCGCAGUUUUUCUUACCAGAAGGGAGUACAGAGAGGGGAGUGUGUGUCUGUUGGAGGGGGAUCCAACAUGACCAGCAGUGAGAGGAUGAUGUGACCCUGUGUAGACUCCUAUGACCGCCUCUCUCUCUCUCCCAGACACACGUGAAGCGGCAGCGUCGAGUCCAGGAGGCUGAAGUCAACAUGAUUCUGUCCGGCGGUUUAUCGGAUACUUGUCAUCUCAUUUUACGUGACCGCACGGAGCUCAAGCUGUGGAAAUAGGACUUGGUCCAUGCUUUUUUGGUAUAGUUGCUGCAAACACGUUGUGGUAGAGUAAACACAGGCCACCGUGCACGGUUUGGAGACAGCUACGAUGCGGGGCACUUUGGGCGCAUUCAUUCAGUCCUGCCUCAUACUGUUGGUCCGAGCAGACCAGUGGAGGCUGAAGGACUCCGCCAGCUGCGAGCUGAACAGGAAACAAACUGACCUAAACUCCUUCCUGUGGAUGAUCAAACGGGACCCUCCUUCAUAUUUCUACGGUACAAUCCAUGUUCCCUACACACGUGUUUGGGACUUUAUCCCAGAAAAUUCCAAGCAGGCCUUCCAGGAGAGCAAUAUUGUCUACUUUGAGUUGGACCUAACAGACCCUUACACCAUCUCAGCUCUGACCAGCUGUCAGCUGCUUCCUCAAGGUGAGAACCUGCAGGACGUAUUACCCAGAGACAUUUACAGGAGGCUUAAAAGACACCUUGAGUAUGUAAAGCUCAUGAUGCCUUCUUGGAUGACCCCGGAUCAGAGAGGGAAGGGACUCUACGCAGACUACCUCUUCAAUGCCAUCGCUGGGAACUGGGAGAGGAAGCGACCCGUUUGGGUGAUGCUGAUGGUGAACUCGUUAACCGAGGCAGACAUUAAGACGAGAGGGGUGCCGGUGCUGGACCUGUAUCUGGCCCAAGAGGCGGAGAGGAUGAGGAAGAGAACAGGAGCUGUCGAGAAGGUGGAGGAACAGUGCCAUCCACUCAAUGGGCUCAACUUCUCCCAGGUGAUCUUUGCCCUGAACCAGACUUUAUUACAACAGGAGUCUUUAAGGGCAGGAAGCCUACAGGUCCCAUAUACCACUGAAGACCUCAUCAGGCACUACAACUGUGGAGAUCUCAACUCCAUUAUCUUCAAUCAUGACACAUCACAGGUCCCUAACUUCAAUAAUGUGACACUGCCACCCAAUGAGCAGGCCACUGCCCAGGAAAUAGACAGCUACUUCCGACAGGAACUCAUCUACAAGAGAAAUGAAAGGAUGGGCAAGAGGGUCAAGGCUCUGCUUGAGGAACACCCAGACAAGAGCUUCUUUUUUGCUUUUGGAGCAGGUCACUUUCUGGGUAACAACACAGUUAUUGACGUGCUUCGUCGCCAGGGAUAUGAGGUGGAGCACACACCUGCUGGGCAACCCAUAAACCGGCGAUCAUCAUCUGGACCCGUCUCACCAGAGCUGGAGGACCAUUACGAUGAGUCGCCUCAGCUGGAACCUUUCUUGCAUGAGCUUCCUCACAAAGAGGAGGGUCAGGGGCAUACUCUGGAGGAGGAUCUGUUACCCCACAUGCUUCUGCCACCAGAUAGCCUGGAGGUUCUGGAGAAAUCUGAGAGAAAAAUGCUAAAGAAAAAGAGGAGGAAUAAGCAGAAGAAACAGCGGCACAGGCAUUUUAAUGACCUCUGGGUUCGGAUAGAGGAGAGGUAA